AUGCGCGCGUCCCCGCGACCCGCGCAUGCGCAGAGCGGGAACACAAGGCUGUUGGGGGGGGGGGUCGCACACGCAGCGAUGGCGGCCACGGGAGCGCGGCCCGGAGUGGUGCUGGGCUGUAUGGAGAUGGGCAGACGGGCCGGGCCUGAGGCCAGUGCCGCUAUGCUCCGGGAGUUCCUUCGGCGGGGUUAUCGCCUCCUCGAUACCGCUCAUAUGUACGCCGACGGAGAGUCCGAACGUAUCCUGGGCACGCUGCUGGCGGGUAGCAAGGAGCCCGUGGAAAUUGCCACCAAGGCCAAUCCUAUGUAUGGGAAGACGCUGAAGGCUGAGAGUGUGCGAUCACAGCUGGAAACGUGCCUGCAGAGGCUGAAGAGGACAAGUGUGGAGCUCUUCUACCUCCAUCUUCCUGACCAUGACACCCCUGUGGAGGAGACACUGCGUGCCUGCAAUGAGCUGCACAAAGAGGGGAAGUUUAAAGAACUCGGUCUGUCAAACUAUGCAGCGUGGGAGGUCGCAGAAAUCUGCACCAUGUGCAAAUACAACAACUGGGUGAUGCCAACUGUGUACCAGGGUAUGUACAACGCAACCACUCGCCAGGUGGAAACGGAGCUGUUCCCUUGCCUGAGGUACUACGGGCUGCGGUUCUAUGCCUACAAUCCACUUGCAGGAGGGCUGCUGACGGGCAAGCACAAGUAUGAGGACAAAGAGACACCCCAGCCCACUGGAAGGUUCUUUGGGAAUGACUGGGCUCAAGCCUAUAGGGACAGGUAUUGGAAGAAACACAACUUCGAAGGAAUUGCCCUAGUGGAAAAAGCUCUGCGAGAUGCUUAUGGCUCCAGCGCGCCCAGCCUGACCUCUGCUGCCCUCCGCUGGAUGUACCACCACUCCCAGCUGCAGGGCUCUCUGGGAGACACAGUGAUUGUUGGGAUGUCCAGCUUGGAGCAGCUAAAGCAGAACCUUGACUACAGUGAAGAGGGUCCCCUGCUGCCAGCUGUGGUGGAAGCGUUUGAUAAAGCCUGGAAGCUGUCUGCACACGACUGCCCCAACUACUUCCGCUAGGGAUUGGGCAAGAAAGCGGCUGCCACAGAGGAGGAUGAUCCAGCACAAGGCUCUGGAAGAACAGCAGAGCUGUUUGCCCACCCUGCUCCUUUCAUUGGCUGCAGGUGGGCUGAGAUUGUGCUGGAUGAAUGAAGCUUUGCAGGAUGCACUAAUGCUUUGAGCACUUACCCUGUUGGGCUGCACCUUAGUCUUUAUCCCCUCAGCUCUACACAGCACAUAACUGUGAUUGAUGGGUGAAAAUGUAGAUGUAACUGGGUGAAGGCCCCACUUCAGUGUGAUUACUUAUAUGAUUGUGUACAAGAAUAAAACAUUUUCUAAUGCA